AUGCGCAGGCGUAAAGGCAGCGGCGGGGAGGGCGCGGGGCCGUGCCGGCUCCCGGGCGGGGACGGGCGCCAGACUUCCUUUGUUGUUGAUGAAGUCAGUAGCAUCAUUAAAGAGGCCAUAGAAAGUGCGAUAGGUGGCAAUGCCUACCAGCACAGCAAAGUGAACCAGUGGACAACAAGUGUGGUGGAACAAACGCUAAGCCAACUCACAAAGCUGGGGAAGCCUUUCAAGUAUAUUGUGACCUGUGUGAUUAUGCAAAAGAAUGGUGCUGGGCUACAUACAGCAAGCUCUUGCUUCUGGGACAACUCCAGUGACGGAACCUGCACUGUGAGAUGGGAGAAUAAGACGAUGUACUGUAUUGUCAGUGCCUUUGGACUUGCAAUAUAGUUGCCUUGGAAUCAUUCAUCCUUCUCUUUUUCUAUUCCAGCACUUGAUUCCAUCUGUACUCAAACUGUGAAUACACUGAACAACUUCUGUUUUUAAUGUACUUUUAAAGUAACUUUUUUCAAACGUAGAAAUGUGAAAACAUGCUGUUACAUGGUUUAUGUUUGUACUUAGUAUUGUACCAGUGUUGCCAUACUGUCUUAACGCUUCAAGAACUUCUCUUCAUGGUGCUAAUACUGAAAUCUGCUGCAGUGCAAACACUUUCUCUGGAUUUCUUUUUUAAGACCAAUAUAAAUGAGACACCGACUUUCACACUUUGUACUUUUGGUUAGCAUUAAAUUAUUUAAAUUCAUAA